AUAAUCACGUGUUAGUGAGGCAGCCAAUAGCAGCCAGGGAAGCGUUGAGAAAUAAUUACCUGCCUUGAUUGUUCUAUGGCUAGAUAAAAAAAAGUACACAUACACUCCAUAUAAUAAUCGGAUGCAUGUAAAAGAGUCGGUGAAGCUUCGACAUGUCGACCACGGGUCCCAUAAGUAAUUAUUAUGUGGACUCCUUGAUCAACCAUGAAAACGACGAUGUCCUUACUGCAACUCGUUUUUCGGCGCCCGGUUCGCACCCAGCCGGUCCUCGUCCGACGUCGCUAGUACCGGAGUGUGCUGACUAUCCUUCCUGCAGCUUCGCACCCAAGCCACCCGUCUUCUCCACCUCCUGGGCCCCUGUACACUCCCAGUCAUCAGUGGUUUACCAUCCAUACAGUCACCAACCUCACUUAGGCACAGACUCGAGAUAUGUGCGGUCAUGGCUGGAGCCGAUAUCAGGCGCCGUGCCUUUCCAUGGCUAUCCGGGGAACAACAGGCACUACGGGCUGAAGCCCGAUGCAUUUCAAGAACACAGAGCCGGCGAGUGUCUCGGCUCCAGCGGACGGACCUACACGGAUUAUCUGUACUGCUCAUCCACUGACACGCGAGACAAGACGCAGCAGAAUCUCCCCUCUCCUGAGUCGGAGCUCAUGGCUUCAGGAAAACAUAAAGAUGAGAAACCGGAGCUAGAUCCGAAUAACCCUGUGGCAAAUUGGAUACACGCCCGCUCCACAAGGAAGAAGCGAUGUCCUUACACAAAGUACCAGACUCUCGAACUGGAAAAGGAGUUUCUGUUCAAUAUGUACCUUACAAGAGACCGCCGAUACGAGGUCGCCAGAGUGCUGAAUCUGACUGAGAGGCAGGUCAAAAUCUGGUUUCAGAACCGGAGAAUGAAGAUGAAGAAGAUGAACAAAGAAAAGACCGACAGCAAAGACCAAUAAUGUGGACUACAGUGACAAAACAACCAACAAUAACCACUAGUCUAAUGGACAGCACAGAUGUACCAAAACACACGACAAGCGCCCCUCUCCUCCUUAUAUUUAUCACUUUUGUUGGAUUUUUUUGUAUUAACCUUAACUUCCAGACUGUUUGAUGCCGAAUAUUAUUUUUUAGUGUACAUUUAUGUGUCGAGCGUUUAAGUAGGAAAAAAAGAAAGAAAACGGAAAACUUCUAAGGAGAGAAAUACACUCUGCUUUCACUUCGAGAUAUGUGGUUUUGUAAAAGAAAUGAAAGAAGCGCAGUUUGGAUACGCUUAAACUGUCCGGAGAAAGAGAAUACUUGAAUUCCUUUGAAUUUCACAAAAACCAUAAUUUAUGCUGUGAAUGUUUUCUUUCAUGUUUAUUUUCUUUGUACGCUGUUGUGCAGGUGUAGUAUUUUGUACAGCAACAUCUGCGGUCGACAUGUUUGUCUUGUAUUUUUGUGAUAGUUGUAGCUGUAUUUGUGCACAUUUUCUUUCUCCUUUUUUUGACUGUAGCCUACGAGUUUAAUUAUAGAGUGUAGAUAUAGACCUCUGCAAAUAUAACCAUA